AUGAUAAGGUUACUGUGGAUCAAAUAUUCAAAGAAGGAGAAGUGGUCUGGAGAGCUGUCUUUGUCGGAAAUCGCAAGAGCUGAAAAGGUGGUUCUGAAAUCGAUACAGGAUGAAGCUUUUGAAUGGCUAGGUGAUAAACAGCUCAACAAUUUGAAGCCACACAAAGAUAAAGUCGAACUUAUGCGUUUGAAAACCCGUAUUUGGGAGAGAAAAGACCCUGAAGACUUCCGUGCACCCUAUAUUCUUCCUUUUCAGCAUGUCAUUGUUGACAGAUUGAUCCACGACUUGCACACGCAAAAUGGACACAUUGGAGUGCAAGGUCUUCUGAACCUUCUAAGAGAAAGAUUCUGGAUCGUUAGAGUGAGGGAAGCUGUGAGAAGAAUUGUGUCUGUGUGA